AUGAGAAGUUUUCUUGGUGUUCGGUUUCUGUCAAAUUCAGCCACUGAAUAUGUUCGGCCAACCAUAUACGCUCUUUCUACGCGUCCGGGAAGGGCAGCCAUUGGUGUGAUCAGGAUCUCUGGGCCCGCAAGCACCAAUGUGUUCAAGGCAUUGACUGGCAAGACAAUAGCUCCAAAACACAGAGCCAGUUCAUUGAGAAAACUUGUGAGUCCCAAAACGGGUGUUUUACUUGAUCAUGCCCUCACGUUGUUCUUCCGUGGUCCAAAAUCUUAUACGGGAGAAGACCUUCUUGAACUGCAUGUCCAUGGAGGUACUGCCGUGAUUGAAGGUGUGCUCAAAGCCAUUGAGAAUUUACAUACCCCAUAUCAGCCCAUACGGCAUGCCGAAAAGGGAGAAUUUUCGAAGAGGGCGUUUCAAAACGGACGGUUUGACCUCACUGAGCUGGAGGGUAUCAACUCGUUGAUCCAUGCUGAAACCGAGUCUCAAAGGCUCAUGAGUCUGAGGUCAAUGGAAGGAGAAACCAAUGCCUUGUUCAGCAGAUGGAGAACAGAUAUAGUGAAUAAUGUGGCAUUGCUUACCACGAUCAUUGAUUUUGGAGAAGAACACGGAGUGGAAGAAACAGAUGAGAUAUUUCAGACGGUUCGCAAUAACGUUUUAGACCUCCAGAGAGAGGUCAGCGAGUACAUCGCCAGGUUGGAUAGAUCCGAGAUUCUUCUUCGUGGAAUACAAGCAGUUCUUCUGGGUCCCCCAAAUGCUGGGAAGUCGUCUCUUUUGAACGUUAUCUCGAACAGUAACACCGCUAUUGUGAGUGAUAUUGCCGGGACUACUCGAGAUAUCAUCAACGUUCCCUUGGAUAUCAGUGGCUACAAGGUGGUAAUUGGCGAUGCUGCUGGAAUAAGGUCUCUAAAUGAUGCUGAUCAGAUUGAAGCUGAGGGUAUUAAGAGGGCAAUGGCAAAGUCUGCAACUGCUGAUCUGGUACUUGUGAUUGUGCCUGUUGAUGAUCUGGAAGUGGACGACGAGUUUGUCAAUCAUAUCAAGCAGAUGUCGAAACGUGGGAAGAGAAUACUGGUGGUGAUCAACAAGUCGGAUCUCCUGGUGAACAACGCAGAUCUUGAAAGAGUCUUGACAGAAUUGCAGUCCAAGCUUGGUCUUCCUUCGAAAGACUUCACUGCCGUAUCAUGCUCCACUGGGGUGGGUGUUGACAAUUUGCUUUCGACAUUGACGCAGGAGUUCAAGUCGUUGACCUGGUAUGAAGACCAAGACCCGGUUUCUAUCUCCGAUAGAGCCAAAGAUAUUUUGGUGAAAGACGUUCUGUAUGGCUUCGAGGAGUUUCUGCUAUUCAGUGAGUCCAACGAUGUUGUUCUAGCCGGUGAAACUUUGAGAUAUAGCAUUGAGGGAAUUGGAAAGAUAACGGGUGAAGCGGUAGGCAUAGAAGAAAUUUUGGGCGUUGUAUUCUCCAGUUUCUGCAUUGGAAAGUGA